AUGAAGAAAGUUAUUCUUGUCAUUGGCGCGACCGGCGCACAAGGCCUCGCCGUAAUCGACAAACUCCUUGAGCCCAGCGCUGAUGGUCUGCCGUCUCCCUACACCAUCCGCGCCCUCACUCGUGAUCCGCAAAGCAAGAGAUCACUGGAACUCGCUCAGAAAGGCGUAGAGAUCGUGAAAGGAUCGUUCUACGACUUCCCCACUGUGAAGACCGCGCUCGAGGGCGCGUAUGGAGCGUGGGUCAAUACUGAUGGAUUCACAGUCGGUGAGGCCAAGGAGAUCUUCGCGGGCAUUCGUAUCUUCGAGCUGGCAAAGCAGAGCAAGACCAUGCGCCACUACGUGUGGAGCAGCCUCGAUUAUUCACUCAAGAAAGGGGGUUACGACCAGAAGUAUAGGUGUGAGCACUAUGACGGCAAGGCGCGCGUCGCAGAGUGGAUGAAGGCUCAGCCAUCUGUGGUCAGCGACGAUGCCAUGUCUUGGACUGUCGUCACUACUCCUACGUUCGGACCUCUGAACCGGCGUGUAGAUGGCACUUUCGUGUUCGCGACCCCCGUUGGCACCGGCCACGUCCCCAUGAUCGCACUUCCCGACCUGGGGUUCUUCGCCCGCUACACAUUCGAUAACCGCGCGCUCACCUCUACCGCCGAGCUCGAAGUCGCCAGCGACAUGGUCGACUGGGAAUACCUCUUGGCGACCUUCAAGAAAGUCACCGGGCAGCAGGCCGUCGUCGUGUACCUGAAUUAUGACCAGUGGCUUACCUACCUAACCAACUCCAAUGCUCCACUCGCCAAUGAACAGAAAGUGCUGGAGGAAGGGCAGACCAGCUGGGGGGAGAAUUUCUCUGCGUGGUGGUCGCUGUUCAGAGACGACGUGAUCAAGAGGGAUAUGCAGUGGAUCAGGAACCUGAAUCCGAACACGAAGACGCUCGAGGCGUGGAUGAGGGAGAAGGGCUACAAAGGCGAGUACGCAUACCUCCUUAAGAAUACGGAGGAAGGGAAGGGAAUCUCUCUGAACCGCGAGAGAACUUCUCAAUUGUAG